AUGUCAAAUCAAACACAAUCAUUACCAGAACUAAAUGAAAUUAAUGAAUUAAAUAAAUUAAUGAUCAAAAUACCAGAAAAUUUAUUAAUUAAUGGAAAAUAUAUUCAAAAUAUAAAAAACUUCCAAAAUUUAAAUAAAUUUGAUUCUUUUAAUCAUUUAUUAGAAAUUAUUUUCCAAAAUAUUGAUUCUUUCCAACAAUUAAAAUCUUUAUAUCAAGCUGAUCAAAGAUUUGGGAAAUAUAUUGAACAAAAUAUAGUUAUAUUAACUGAUGAUAUUGAAUUACCAACAAAUCAAAUGUUAUUAAAAGAUGGAUUACUAGGGUUAAAUAUUGAUAAAUUUUCAUUUAAUGAAAUUUCAACAUCUCUGGAAUCAUCAAAUAAAUUAUUUAAUAAUAAUAGAUAUAAAUUUUUCCUAUUAUAUUUUAUUGAUAUUGAAAAUUUCCAUAGUUUAAAAUUUAAAAACUUGAGGUUAUGGAAUUUUUUACAAAAAAAUUCAUCCAAGAUUGAAAAUUCAUGUUUUAAUAAUAAAUUUGAUAUAUCAAAAAGUUUUUAUAAUCCAAUAAAUCAAUUAUAUAACAUUUCAGAAGAACAACCAAAGACAACACAGUUCCAAUUAAAUAAAUCACCAAAUAGAAGUCGAUCAAAUUCAAGAAAUCAUAAUAAUAAUUCAUCAAAAUCUAAGAUUUGUGAUUUAGGUUAUAACAAGAUGGAAUUAAAUGAAAGACAACAAAGACAACAAGAAAUUUGUGUAUUAGGAUUUUUCAUAUUUGUUAUUAGUUUAAUGGUUUAUUUGGUUUCAAGGGGAUAG